AGGACCUUCUAGAGAUGUUAGUGCCAUUUCUGUUUGUUGUUAUCUUGUAUGUAAGUUUUGCUCCACAACACACAGCUGGCCAGUAGGAUCCUUGCCCAGGUCAAAAAUGCAGUAAGGUUCAGAGGAUAAAGAUUCUUGCUGUAAUCAAAAUAUCUGAACCCAUUUGGUUGCCUGGACAUGAAGAAAUUCUAGAAGGGAAAUACUGGUUGUUAUUUACGAGACUAAACCAAUCUCCCCUCUUGUGUAGGAAAGAAAUUGAAGAUGUAUCUCCACAAAAUUAUUUAUGUAUGUAACCUUUCACUGAUGCCUGCACGUGGGUCUGUUUUUCCAUCUCCAACCAGGCUCUGGGGAUUGAUGGAAAAGAGCAGAUCUGUUCUGCUAAGUCUAUUGUAUCUUGGGUGCAAGAUACACAUUGCAGUGGUUGGUAUUUGUGCUGGUUGCUUAGUGUUAGCUACACUGUCUGUUUGCUUGGGGCAGUGACGUGCUGCCCCCGUGCAGCUGCCCAUGUGCAUUGGGAAUAUUCACCUCCAUGGCCUCUCUAAGGCCUGGAAAGUUCCUUGUGUGAGCUCAGCAGCAUUCACUGCAUCCUGUCUUGUCCACACCUGCCCUUUCUCAUCCUGAGAUCCUUCUGCCAAAAUCUCUGAUGUUUGUUUUUGUUGAGGUUUCUGAGUUUGCUACUAAAGAACUUCAAUUUUGUUGGCAAUUCUGACCCUGGCAAAGGGGACAUAAGUGAGUUGUUGUUACUCUCUCUGCUCCAGGUCACAGUUUGCUCUGGAGUAUCUCUCAGCCAGCGCCUGGAAACUCGCUCCUAGUCCAAAAUGCUUCUGCCUUCCUGCAGUAGGGACAAUCCUCCUGCUCAAAGCAGAAGUCUGGGAUGGAGGAGACAGGGAUGGGACCAGGCAUGAGGGGAGAGAAGUUGAGAACCCCUGAGGGACCUUGUGGAAAGGCUUGUAAGCUGGACAUGGGUCAGCAGCAGCCAAAUUGUGUAAGACUUGGAACACAGGGUCCUCACAAGCCAUAUGCUCUGCCUGCACAUGCCCUUUCUUUGCUGGUGUUGCUGAACUCCUCAGCACAGGGGAUGGAGCAGGUUUGCAUUUCCAGUGUACAUGUCUGGGUGGUGCACACUUCUCUGGGGAGGGGCUGGAGCAGGGCAUAUCCCUCUGCAGCCUUUCAUGCAGCCUUUCUGGCUGUGGGCUGCUCUGCUUCCCCACAGCCCUGCAAGAGGGGAGCAGGGGUGCUCUCAGGAGUGAGAGCUGUUUUUGCUGGGUGGUUGCUGUGCUUGCUAAAGAGCCUUCCUGCCCUCUGUUGCCAUGCUGCCUUCCUCCUCUCCAUGGAAUUGUACAGCAGAGGAUAAUGAUGUGCUGGUCACCUGUGACAACAGGGUGUCUGAGGACUCCUGGUGUACCCCAUGGCCUGGUGGUGGAACUCCUUACUCCAGUGUCUAAAGAUGGGAAAAAUGUGACUGGGUGUUUCAAGACACUAUGGCCUUCCCUGAGUCAACUGGUUUUCCUCCUGCCCUAAUCUGGGGAUUUGUUUUGUUCCUAGCUUUAAAGGAACCCAUCCAAUCUGAUACCAUCAUCAUAGCCACGCUUGGGGGAGAGGCAAAUUUCCAUUGCAACUUCUCGCUCCUAAUGGAUAUUUUGCAGGUCACCUGGCAGCAAAGAAAUGGAACUUCCUUCCAGCCACAUGGGCUGAGGCUGAUAGAGUCAUUUCAGAAGAAGGUGCUUUUCACUAGAGGCUCAAAGGCCUCAGCUGUCACCCUCCAAAAUCUCACACUCGAGGCUGAUUCUUAUUACAGAUGCAUUUUCAAUGUGUUCCAUCAUGGCUCCUUCAGCAUAGAGAUAUGCCUCAACAUCCAAAGUAAGUUUUCCACUAACUCCUUCUCUCUUUCUGGCACACAGUUUGGGUCUGAUGAGCUCAGGAGGUGGAGAUGUCAUUAUACUAUCCAGCACAUGGAGAUUUUCCAUGCAGCAGCAUGUCCUUGGUGGAUAGUGUCCAGAUUGUCAUACUGGAAUUAUUACCUAACCAACUGUCCUUUUAAUUCGACAAUAUAUGACAGGAAUAUUAACCUAUUUGCCAUAUUAUUCCCCAGGCAGAAGACACAGUGUACCCAGAACUCCUGCAAAGGAGACAGGCUUUUACAGCAAGACCUAGGUGAGAGAGCCUCUGUGAGCCUGCACACACUGGAAGAUCAGCACAUCACUUAUCAAAACGAGGUAACACAAACACCCAAGGCUUCUAAUGAUUAUUCACAUUCUCCAUUAGGGAUCUCUGUUUGUCCUGCCAUGUCUCUGCUGCAUGGGACAGUCACACUGGGUAGAUGACACUACAUAUGCCCCAUAUGCCCCUCUGGCAACCAUCAGGAAAAACCACUUAAUG